AAAAAGUCAUGCAGUGCGCCUGCGCAGAGCUCUCCACCGGAAGCUGAGUUGUCAGUUUUGUUUUGGUGGCUGGCAGGCACGUGAGCUGCUUACGUCACCGUCAGAGAACGUCGACAUGGCGGCGGAUUGUUUGUUAAAGGUGGUGUUUGACCAUGAAGGAGUUUUUGUACAUGGCAGCAGUGAUGACGACAGCACUGAGCAGGAUAUCCUGGUUUCAGGGUCGCUCCGGAUUGUUGACAAGGAUGCAGAGAUGCUGGUGGACUUCAGACCUCUGGAGGACUCCGUCGACCCCUCUAACAUGCUCUGUGCUGGAAAGGACUCCAGUUCAGUGGUAGAAUGGGUGCAUAGUUCUGGGGAGCGCUCCAGCCAGCUCUUAGAGACCCAACAGAGCUAUGAGACUGAGUGGGACAUGAUCAAUGCUGUGUCCUUUAGGAAGAGAGCCUGCACCAACGGAGACAACGGAACUCUCAACAGUCAUGAGCGGAGUCGGUGGGCGUUCAGCUUCAGUAUCAGUGAGCUUAGAUCGAUCCGCAUGAAGGAGGAGGGAUGGUCCGUCAUUGUCUUCACGUUGAGGGAGUCCUCGUCCUCACCACCUCCUCUUCACUUCCACCAGGGCGGCAGCACCGAGUUCAUGGACUGUCUGAGGAGGUUCGCUCUGCUCAGCGAGUCUCCAGAGGACAGCUCCUGUCUGAUGGUCAGCACCCCCAGUAAGGCCCUGUCUCAGUCCUUUGAGAAUCUGCUGGACGACAACAACUUUGGCCUCGUUCACAAGUUUAAGAAGGACCCGUAUGUCACCACGCUGGGAGGCUUCUCCAAGGUCACCAACUACAUCUUCGACGCCUUUAAAGGGACGGAGGAGCAGCACCAGCGCCCCCCGGAGGAGGUGGCUGACCUUCUGGGAGAGGUGAUCCCCGGUCUGGAGAUCAACCAGCAGGAGGAGCCGGGCUUUGAGGUCAUCACCAGGAUCGACCUGGGGGCGCGGCCUCAGGUGAGCAGGGCGGGGCCUGUGUCAGUGGAGGACUGGACCAAACACCAGGACCAGGAGGGGAGGAUGAUGGACGUCCCCCGCCUCAAACAGGCCGUCUUCAAGGGGGGUCUGUGCCACGCUGUGAGGAAGGAGGCCUGGAAGUUCCUGCUGGGUUAUUUCCCCUGGGAGAGCACACUGGAGGAGAGGAAGGCUCUGCAGAGGAACAAAACGGACGAAUACUUCAGGAUGAAACUGCAGUGGAAGUCAGUGAGCGCUGAACAGGAGAGGAGAAACUCCAGACUGAGAGACUACAGGAGUCUGAUCGAGAAAGACGUGAACCGAACAGACAGAACGAACCGGUUCUAUGAAGGCAUCGAUAACCCGGGUCUGGUCCUGCUCCAUGACAUCCUGAUGACCUACUGCAUGUUUGACUUUGACCUGGGAUACGUCCAAGGCAUGAGCGACCUGCUGUCUCCCAUCCUCUACGUGAUGGAGAACGAGGUGGACGCCUUCUGGUGCUUCGUGUCCUUCAUGGACCAGAUGCAUCAGAACUUUGAGGAGCAGAUGCAGGGCAUGAAGACUCAGCUGAUCCAGCUCAGCACGCUGCUCCGCCUGCUCGACCUCUCCUUCUGGAACUACCUCGAGUCUCAGGAUUCAGGAUACCUUUACUUCUGUUUCCGAUGGUUGCUGAUCCGCUUUAAGAGAGAGCUCAGUUUCCAGGACGUUCUACGACUCUGGGAGGUGAUGUGGACUGGACUGCCCUGUCAGAACUUCCACCUGCUGGUCUGCUGUGCCAUCCUGGACACAGAGAAACACAAAAUCAUGGAGGAGAACUACGGCUUCAACGAGAUCCUCAAGCACAUUAACGAGCUCUCGAUGAAACUGGACAUUGAAGAAAUCCUUCAGAAGGCCGAGGGGAUCUGUCUGCAGAUAAAGAGUGUUAAGGAGCUCCCUCACUCAAUCAGCGUGAUCCUGGGCUUCGACUCGGACGCCGGCAUCUCUGAUUGGUCAGCUCCAGGCCAGACGUCUGCAUGCGUCAGACGAGCAGACGCCUGCUGCUCUAACGGACACUUAGAGAGAGAAACCAGCUCUCACUCCAACAGCUACACAGUGGCCUUCAUAUCGUAGUGAACAGAGACUGACCAGGAGGGCGCCGCCCCACCGCCGCCACCGUCAGGCACGAGGAGAGAGGAGGAGAAUGUAUAAAAGGAUCUGAGAUUAUUAAGAAUCUUAUUUUUAUAACGUACCGUCUGCCAUGUGGUCUCUAUGAUUCAGUCAUUCCUUCUCUGCUGAGGAUCACCGCUCCGUCACAUGACCAGGGGGAGGGGUCACAGCAGCAAAUGUGAUUCUAUGGAAGCUCAUUUGGGACAAAUUAAAAAUGAUCCAGGAUGUUUUGACAGCAUCAGACUCUGAAAAUAAAGAGUUAAUGAUCAGUGA